UGACCUCUCUGUGUGCUAAGCUGGCCGUUUGCUUUGGCAUCCCGCGCUGAUGGAAGCGGCCACAUCGCCUUCGAAAGAGGAAGCGCCGAGCACUCCUCGCUCGCAUCCCUUGAAGAAAGGCUCGCCUCGGGAUCACUGGCGCCUGGAGCAUCCGGAGCAGCGGGUGCUGGAGAGUGGGCUUACCGCCCUGAAGCAGCUCCAACCCGCGGAGGGUUUGCAGCGCUCGGGGUCCAUGGUGCUGCGGGCCUCCUUCUUCGAGCGGCUGCUGGGGGGCCACGUGGAGUUGAAAGCUUGCCCGGCCAACGAUGUGGCGGCAGCUCAAGGGGACCUGAAGAAGCUGGGCCUCCGGCAGCUGCUGGCGCUGCGGAUCCUCACCAAGGGCUUUCCGACCACCCGCGUUGGUGCCUUCACAGUGCAUAGCAACUUCCUGGCAGCCCUUUCUUCCGAACUGUUCCAUCGGAUCGGCGCCCUGGCGUUGAAAGGCUCGGCCUCCGAAACCCCGCGGAGGAGGCUGGAGCAGAUCGGGCAGCGCCUGGUGCUCUGCUUGGGCGCGGCAGAGCUGCUGAAGGAGAAGUGCCCGCCGCCGCCGGCGUGGUGGCUCACCACCCUGGAAGAGGAAGACUGGCCUGGUUCGGGAUUUGCGCUGGUCGACAUUUGCGCACUCACUGCGCAGAUGCUGGAAGGCGCAUCUGCAGACUUUGAGCAGUGUCGAGGUGUCAACAUGGCAGUCGUCAUUGACCUGGGGUCUGCUGCUUCGAUUAAUUGGGAGGUCAUCACCAUGGAUGCGGCAAAGGAGGACAUCCCCGCCGCGCUGGCGGUGCUGAAGGCGCGGCGCCGCCGCUCCCGGAGGUCCACUUCGCUGGAGGAGACCCCUGAAGACUCCUCCCGUUUUCCAUCGCUGCCCUUUGCCGCAGACGUGCUGCCGCAGGAUGGCGCAAGGGCAACCAGCUCGAAGGUGCAGUGGCCGUCCCCGACUCCGCAACACAAGUCUCCAGUCGAGUCGCCGAAGGAUAGCCGCUUCAAUGAAUAUCCCUUCGUCACCGACAUCUUUGACUAUUUCGGGUGCUGCACCCGCCGCAGAUGGGAGCACCAUUGAGGCAUCGCACGCUUCGAAUGUGCGAUCGAUCGGCUUUCCCGGACUCACCUUGCGAUCCGCUUUUCAAAGCGAGGCUCUUUGCGACCCAGCCAAUAUUUUUCUCUGACCGGCGUGCUCGGUGUGUUGUGCAUGUUGGUCAUUUUACCCUGCAAGAGUGAGGCUUGGAGACGGUCUGAUUCCAAGCCUGUGCAAGCCCACAGCGCUUCAAAACGCGCCGUAGGGUGGAUGAGUCUCACAGGCGUUGAGUUUGCUUCGUUGCAGCAGAGACUGCACAAGUUGAUUGAUUUCAAUGCCUUGGCAUCUGGGGCUCAGAGCAUUCUAGGAGC